ACUGCAUUACAAAAAUUAAUCAUAUUUUGCAUCAUGCUCGUGCAGCUUACCAAACGACCCCAAGUAAGAUAAGAACCCUCUUUGUUUUGAGUUUGUUCUCAAUUGGGCGAGAAAUAUAUGAGAUAGAAGUAUGAACCCCAUCAGCGUGGAAGAAUUCGAGAAGAAGGUAGUGAUUUCGGAGGAGGAAAGUAAUUGUGGAGAGAACGAUUCUUUAAAAAUCGGUGCAGUGCUUCGGAGAUUUCUCGAUGUGCAGCAACGCAGAGCCCUAGCUUAUGCCAGGCUCAAAAGAGGCUUUCAAGAUUAUAUGGCUUCAGGAGUUGAGUCGGCUUACCAACAGCUAUGCAGUGACAUUACUGUUGAAUUUAGUGACUGUUCAAAGCAGGUCCUUGAGAUGGAGUCUCAGUUUCUAACUGCCCAUUGCUUCCGAGAGGAUCUGGCUCUACUUUUGAGAUCUGUUCAAAAUCAGGAAAAGAUGAAGCUGCAACUGACUGCCAAAAUACAAGUCUUGAAAAGAGCUGGCCGCCCCUCAGAGCGUCUGGUGAGUCAUGAAAAUUGUAGAUUUAGUAAGCCAUCUGGACAUGAAUGCGUGCACAUCCAGAAGAUAACUGAAGCUUCAGGAACUGAAGAAGCAGAAGCUGAUGCAGAAUAUGAUAAUGCUCUCAAGGAGGCUAUCAAAGGUGUUCAAGAUGCAGUAACGACAAUAAAUGAACAUUUGGAAGAAGUUAGGUAUGAGAUUGCCGCACUUGAAGACUAAAGAUGUAGUUGAUUGACUUUGCCUUUUAAGUUCUUAAGGGCGCGUUGCUAUGGAAAGCCCCCCCCCCCCCCCCCCACCCCCCACCCACCACCUAAAUUUCAGGGUGAUCAAGCCUCAGUUAUUAUCAUGUACAUUGUUCAUCAUAAUGUUUUCCAUUCGUAUAGGCGACAAACAUUUCUCUUGAAUGGUGGCUUAGGGAGGUGAUGUAUGUAUUACAUUGAGAACCCUAUUUGAGCUAGGUUCUAUCUCAAAUCAUUCUUCCAAA